GAGGAGCAGCAGCAGGAGGAGCAGCAGCAGGAGGAGCAGCAGCAGGAGGAGCAGCAGCAGGAGGAGCAGCAGCAGGAGGAGCAGCAGCAGGAGGAGCAGCAGCAGGAGGAGCAGCAGCGAGUCGGUGGUGGUGGCGGUGGUGGCGAUCAUCAGACCCGGAGCCAUGGGGUCCGCUUCAGAAGAGGAAACUCGUCAGCGGCUGCUGAGAAGCGUCAAGAAAGAGGUGAAGCAAAUCAUGGAGGAGGCGGUGACUCGGAAGUUUGUGCAUGAAGACAGCAGCCACAUCAUCUCGCUGUGCGGCGCGGUGGAGGGCUGCCUCCUGCACGGCUUGCGCCGCCGCGCCGCCGGCUUCCUGCGCAGCGACAAGACGGCGGCGCUCUUCACCAAGCUGGGCAAGGUCUUUCCGCCGGCGGCCGAACUGUGCCGCAAGGUGCACGAGGUGGAGUCGCGAAACGACAGGUGCGGGUGCGGCAUCGCAGCCACGGGUGCGACGUGGGUACCGGCUGUCCUGUGGGUACUGGUAACCAGGAGAGGCCACCAGUCCCUGAGCCAGGACAGCUCGAAGAAGGGAGGGGGGCUCGGCAAGGGCGGCGGGGGGGGCCUCUCCCCGACGACGCUGAAGCACGUGUGGGUGCGCACGGCGCUGUUCGAGUGCGUGCUGGACAAGAUCGCGCAGUACCUGGUGGACAACGCGUGCAAGUACUACGAGAAGGAGGCGCUGCUCAUGGACCCUGUUGACGGAGCCAUCCUCGCCUCGCUGCUCGUGGGGCCGUGCGCGCUCGAGUACACCAAGAUGAAGACCGCCGACCACUUCUGGACGGACCCGUCGGCUGACGAGCUCGUGCAGAGGCACCGCAUCCACAGCGGGCACAGCCGCGCCGAGUCGCCCUCCAAGCGCCCGGCGCUCAACAUCAGCCUCACCGAGCAAAUCCGCAAGCGGCACUCGAGCGGCAGCGUGUCGGACGAGCGCGCCACGCUGCUGUCGGCACGGGACUACGUCGAGUCGCUCCACCAGAACUCGCGCGCGACCCUCCUCUACGGCAAGAACAACGUCCUCGUGCAGCCCAAGGAGGACACCGAGGUGAUCCCGGGCUACCUGUCCCUUCACCAAACGGCGGAGAACCUCACCCUCAAGUGGACGCCCAACCAGCUGAUGAACGGCUCGCUGGGAGACGGGGAGCUCGAAAAGAGCCCCGCCGUGGGUCCCCCCGGGAGCGUGUCGCUGGACAAGAGCCCUUGCCAGAAACUUGUGUACUGGGACUAUGCCAUCACCGUUCACAUGGAGGAUAUCGUGUAUCUGCACUGCCACCAGCAGCCCGACAACGGCGGCACGGUGGUGCUGGUGAGCCAGGACGGCGUGCAGAGACCCCCGCUGCACUUCCCGCAGGGCGGCCACCUCCUGGCCUUCCUCUCGUGCAUGGAGAACGGCCUUCUGCCCCGCGGUCAACUCGACCCGCCGCUCUGGUCGCAGCGUGGCAAGGGCAAGGUGUUCCCCAAGCUGAAGCGGCGAUCGUGCCGCGGCCGCCCGCCCGACGGGGAAGGCGAGGACGAGGCCACGGACUACGUCUUCCGCAUCACCUACCCGAGCAUGCGCAGCGAGAACGUGCCCCCUGACCUCCUGGAGCUGCAGGGGGGCGGCAUGCAGGCCGUGUUGUCGUGGCAACUGGAGGGGUCGACUCGGCGGGGGUCGUGUUCGUGUUCUCCGGCCGCCACUCCCCCCGACGCUCGCUCCUCCUCGCUCAUCACCUGCGCUCACGACAGGGCCCCGCUGAAGCUGCUGUGCGAGACCAUGAAGAGGCAGAUCCUCUCGCGGGCGUUCUACGGAUGGCUGGCCUACUGCCGCCACCUUUCCACGGUGCGCACGCACCUGUCGGCGCUCAUCAACCACGACAUGAUCCCGGCGGCGGGCGCCCGGGAGGGACUCACGCCUCUCGUAUGGCAGCAGUACAUGUCCGACAGCAAGAGCAUCAGCGAGGAGGAGCUCCUGCGCCUGGUUUACUACGGCGGAGUGGACCACAGCCUGCGUCACCAGGUGUGGCCCUACCUGCUCGGCCACUACAAGUUCGGGAUGACGGAGCGCGAGCGGAGAGAGACGGACGAGGUGACGCGCGCGCUCUACGAGCACACGAUGGCGGAGUGGCUGGCGUGCGAGGCGAUCGUGCGGCAGCGCGAGCGCGAGUCGCACGCCGCCGCCCUGGCCAAGCUCAGCUCCGGCAGCAGCAUCGACAGCCACGUGCGCCAGCUCAUCCACCGCGACUCGAGCAUCAGCAACGAGGUGUUUGAGUCGGUGGACGAGGUGGAGGGCUCGGCGGGCCGCGACGCCGCCGCCGCCGCGGCCGCCGCCGCCGGCACGAAGGCGGGCGGCGCGGUGAAGCUGGGCGUGAAGCGGGUGCCGGACUCGCCGGACUCGGGCCUCCCGUCCUCGCGCAACUUCUCGCUCGCGUCGUCCUCCCGCGGCACCACGGCCGGCAGCUUCAGCCUGGACGACAACGGCACCGAGGGCGGCGGCGGCGGAGGGGGAGGAGGAAGCCGGGACCCGGCCGCCGACAAAGACAAGGAGCCUGCGCCCGACUGUGCCGACGGCGCGGGGAGCGGCGGGGACGGACGGCGGCGCGAAGGAGCGAAGACGGAGGAGGAGGAGGCGGCUGCUCGCGAUGACGCCGAGAGCGCGGUGGAAGCGGCGGGCGAGGCCGAGGCGGCCGACGGGGGCGACGCUUCGCUCCGAGCGGGGGACGGCGCCGGCGCGGACCGAGAGGAAGCGGCGCCGAAGACGCCGGGGGGAGCGAGCGGCGAAUCCGCCGGCGGCGGCGGCGGCGCGCUCCUCGACGAUAACGUAGAGGGAUGGGACGAGUCGAGGGACAUCGAGGACAUCAUCAUGGAGGCGAUGACCGAAGAGGUAGAAGAAGAAGCAGCAGACGGCGUCGGUGCGGUGGAAGCAGGGAGCGGCGGCGGCAGCGGUGAAGCGUUGGCGGAGCGCGACGCGGCGGCAAAGGCCGUCGCGGGAGGCUCCGAGUUGGCGGCAGCGGCGGACAAAACCACGGCGGAGGACACCGAGGAGCUUGCGUCGACGGGCGCGGCCCCGGCCGGCGACGCCGUGAACCGGGCCGCAGGCCGGGAGGGAUCGGGCAGCGAGGAGCAGAGAGCGAGGUGCCUCGGCGAGGUCCCGCGUCUGCAGAGGCAGGUGUCCCAGGGCGAGGAGGAGGAGGAGGAGGGGCGGGAGGAGCCGCAGGAUGACGCGUUCACCCGUGACGUCGUCGUGGUGGAGUUGGUCGCGGGGGAGGCCGGGGGUUCGUCGACGCCGCCGGCGACAGGAGAGGCCGUGGCGGCGCCGGCGCCGGCCACAGGCGCCUCGACGUCCAACAACCUGGACGCGCCGGGCGUGCUGCCGUGCGACGCCGUGUCACCGGCGUCGUCCACGGGCGCCACGUACACGACGGAGCUGCUGGACACGUACGCGCUGAACCUGCACCGCAUUGAGAAGGACGUGCAGCGCUGUGACCGCAACUUCUGGUACUUCACGGCCGCCAACCUCGACAAGCUCCGCAACAUCAUGUGCAGCUACGUGUGGGAGCACCUGGAGGUGGGCUACGUGCAGGGCAUGUGCGACAUCCUCGCGCCGCUGCUCGUCAUCCUGGACGACGAGGCGCUGGCUUACAGCUGCUUCACAGAGAUGAUGAAGAGGAUGACGCUCAACUUCCCGCACGGCGGCGUCAUGGACACGCACUUCGCCAACAUGAGGUCCCUCAUCCAGAUCCUGGACCCCGAGAUGUUCGAGCUGAUGGUGCAGAAUGGUGACUACACACACUUCUACUUCUGCUACCGCUGGUUCCUGCUCGACUUCAAACGCGAGCUGUUGUACGACGACGUGUUCGCCGUGUGGGAGGUGAUCUGGGCGGCACGCCGCGUCUCCUCCGCUCACUUCGUGCUCUUCAUCGCGCUGGCCAUGGUGGAGCUGUACCGCGACAUCAUCCUGCACAACAGCAUGGACUUCACCGACAUCAUCAAGUUCUUCAACGAAAUGGCCGAGCACCACGACGCGCAGGUGGUGCUCAGGACCGCGCGCGAACUCGUCAACCAGGUGCAGACGCUGGUCGUCAACAAGUGACCCGGUGACCUCCCGACCUGGCGGCACCCGCGGAGCUGAGCUGUGGGGAGUGGUGGGGUGUGGGGGGCGGGGGGGGGAGCGUCCAGUCCCCAUCCCCCCCCCUAAAGCUCUAAGUUUGUGCACCCCGGCGGUACAGGAGAUGGGACUGCGUGUGCGUGCGUGCACGUGCGUGCACGUGCGUGUGUACGUGUGGCUGAGUAGUGUGUGCGUGCGUGUGGCUCAGCAGUGCGGCUCAGCAGUGCGUGCGUGUGUGUACGUGUGGCUGAGGAGUGCGUGUGCGUGCGUGUGUUGUGCCCUGCAGUGUUCGGGUCAGAUUUCCCGACGUAUUUAUUAAUUUUCGUUGUAAUUCCACUUUUUUCAAACCCCCAUGAAAGAAAGUGGAGAGAGGGGGGGCGGUGGGGAACAAAAAAAACACAAAAACAAGCUGUGAGUUUGCCGUGAUUGAAUGUAUUUUAUGUAAAUUAUAACCAGUUGUCAAUUACUUAUAUAAAUGUUGAUAAAUACUAUAUAUAAUACAAUAUAUAUGGCAUAUUUAUUUUUCAAAAUAAUUCAAAGUGCUUUAUUAGGUUAUUGUACAUUGUUAGAAGAGUGGAGUUUGAGUUUUAGAUUUUUAAAUGAUGCUUUGAUGACAAGGUCGUUGAAUGUCCCGAGCCAAUACGCAUAUUGUAACCUGCGGCUCGUUCGGCUUACGAUGGCUCUCGGUGUUCGAGUCCCGGUGAUUACGUUUGUGAUCGCGCGGUGACGCCCAGCGACAACAGCUCGUACGAGCCAAAACGCCACGGCCAAUAACGAAUCACAGCAGCCACCGACAGGCCCAUCACGUCGGCACCCCAAGCACUCGACGUCGGGUGGCAGUCGGGAGGCUCUGCUCGCCGGAGGAAACGAAUAUUCACAAACGAGGCGCCGGCAGAUGGGGAACGGCCUCACCUGACCCCGGUAACCGAUUCGCGUGGAGCCGAUCGGAGCGGAGCUGCGGUGAGUCCGUUUUGGAGCUGGUAAAUCUUGGUAUUUGCGAGAAUACGCGCAAAGCCUAUCUUUGUAUCUGUCCAUUGCCGAACGAGGGCCUCCCCCGUGCCGCACGGGUCGUGGCUGGUUAUUCGACCGUACUUCACCGCGCCGGUUCGCGUGGGUCCGGUGAAGGCGUGGAGCACGGACAUUGGCGCGUCGUCGGACGGUACAGCAAUGGAUAGUUGCCGUGCUGCCCUCCGCUGCCCGUCGCCGACGUAGUCUGUGACCCAACUCACACGGAAUGGUCUUGGAAUCGAGCCGGGAUAGUGUUUGGAUUGGGCGACCGCCGUGCCAUGGAACAGCCGCUGUGGCGCUGCGUGCGUCGGGUAUAUUAGUGGGUGCAAAAUUCAACGAUGCGUGAUGGAAACCGGAGGCUCGGUUGGUGUCAGCUGUUGGCUUCAGAUCGGAGUUUGGUGGCUGAAAAAAAAAAACGUUUGCAAAGCAGCGGUGAAGACGCAGCGCUGCGUGGAUUUAAACAACAAAACCGCGUCGCCCUUCACCAGUCCCGAUACCCGGCCCACAUGUUUUGGUGCAAACCUCAUUUGCAGUCCCGUAAUUAAAUUAGAGACCUCAAUUAGGAAUGCCGAUGUUUCGGAAUAAUGAUAAAAGUUGGUAAUUAUAGUUAUUUGUAUUUUGGUCAAAUUGCAACUGCUCUGACAAAUUGCUUCUGGUAAAAAAAACAAUUGUUUACCUUUGCCGCAAAUUUAAUUAAUUACGGUUAUAUUGACUCUCCGAGCUGCAGUAAUGACGAGCCUAAUUGUGAAUUAUCCGCAGUCCCGUGCUACUUCCAGCUGCCGCCACCAGCAGCGACUCUGAGCGGGAUCUGUGGCCGAGCUGGGAGAUGUGCGUCGAGCCCUGCCAUGGGUGACCUGACCCUGGCAUGACCCCUGACCCUGCCAUGACCCCUGACCCGUGGCGUGGCCCCGCAAGGGCCCACGUGCGACGUGGUGGAUGUGGAGGGUUGCGGUGAGUCCUGCUGUGAUUCUCUAAACCUUGACGAGGCAUUACAACCGCUUUAUAAUCAAAAUUGUGUCGACCUUUAAAGCUGUCCUAUCGUCGCGUCAUUAUUAUUAAGUCACCCGUUGUCGUCCUUCGACUGAAUACUUUGAUCCAAAGCAGAUGAUGUUUUUUUAAGUGGAACGUUGUUGAAAACAUAAACCACUGCCGCCCCCGUUGCACGAAAGCUCCGUGGGGACGAGACUGGGGCGAUGACGCGCCGCCCGGCUUCGCCGCAAAGGGGUCACUUGGGUCCCGACAGCCGCGAUUCGCUUCCCGAGGUGGCAGAGGGUCGUGCGCUGCCCCUACACCCCCCCCCCCCGUUCAGUAGGCCAGCUGCAGCACAGGUGUAAGGCUUCUCCACUGCUAGCCGUGACGGUAGCGGGCACACGUCCACCCGGUGUUGAGCGGCGAUGAGAAUCCUCCCUGGGCUUGCUUGGAUCCUCGCUUCUUCACGAGGCCGCCGUGUUACCCUCCCCUCCCAGCCCCCGUGAUUCUGUCCGACACCUUAGCGAGCCCCAGCUUACCUGAUACCGUGGGGUUCACGUUGAAGUUACAAUGCGCAGGGUGGUGGCAGAGCCCCUGAAGGUGUGGGGGCUGCUGCUGCUGCUGUCCACUGCUGCCAUCAGCGGCUGCUGCUGCUUCUGCUUAUUGACGCUCCCUGGUGCCAUGGUGUUUGUGCGGUGAUUUAAUACACUGGUAUCAUCGUUACAGGCAGUGGCCGUGAGCGUGUGUAACUUGUGGAUACCGUGGCUCGUGUGUGUGUGUGUGAGCGUGGGUACUUGUGGAUACCUUGAGCAGUGUGUGUGUGUUGAGUGUGUGCUGGUUUUUUUAUUUGUAAUUCAUUCCAUCAGCUUCGGUCACGCGUUGAAUUCGUCGCCGCCGCAGACGAACGUGGCGAUAUCUAUCUCUCUCUCUCCCCGAUCUCAUUCUCCGCGCGUUCAGUGUCGUGUUUGUGUAACGCGAGCCGAGAUUGCGGCCCUCGCCAGCGUGAGAGCUGUGGGAUUCUUCCCGUGACGUCCCCUCCUCGUUCCGCUCUUCCUCCUCCUCCUCCUCCCAGCGAUCUCUCUCUCCUCCUCUCUCCCUCCCCUCUUCGUGUCGUUUUGUCAAUGCUGUACUCAAACAAACCUGAAGCAGUGUCUCUUGUUUUGUUAAUUAUAAUACAGAUGACUGUAUGUACACUCCC